CCAACCGCUGUAGUACAUCUCAGUAGCCGACGGACUUCCGACCAAAAAGGGCGUGUGGACUGCUGUGAUCUCUGCUAUUUGUUGAAAUGAGGCUAGACGGCGCCGGUCACUAGUCAUGGCACUCUUCGACGAGUAUUUGGCUAGGUUCUUUCAACGAGAGACAUUCCUGGAAUCGGUCACGUACCUUCCGCAGCAUGUGUUGCUUUGGGCAUUGCUGGUGUCCGAGAUUCGUUACAUCCGGAAGCAUUCGUUUGGGAAAAGCUGUCGGCACACCAAGGACCUGUUGCUACUGUUUGCCAAGAGUGUGCUGAAUCUGAUCGUUCUAGUUCUGGCCAUCUCGAACUUCGGACGUCCGGCAACUCUUCUCGCUACAAGACUCAUUGAAGCGCUAUCUUACAUUAUAACUCUGACGUUGCUUCAUCUCGGUGAACACUACAAUGUACGCGAUCAAACGUUUCUGCUUUGCUUUUGGACGCUGGAUCUACUGGUAAACAGUAUCCGCAUGGUCGAGCAGUCAUCCAUCGAGAGCAUGGUUUUUGGAGGGAUCAUGCUGACACUAGUCCUCCUCAUAGCCUACUCAAGUGUGAUUUCAAGUUGCCAUAGUAACUCCACCGUCCUGCCAAAUCUCAUAAGAUCGGUGUACUUUAGCUGGUUCAAUAACAUUAAUCGAGCGGUUCAUCGUUCGAAAUCAUCAGAUGAGUUGGGAACCCUGAACGAUGACAUGCAGGCUGCAACCCUGAUGAAAACCUUACGAGGUGUCACGGUAUCCAGAGGACAGUACGAGUCGGUUGCGAUCAGAGAGGAAGCGUCGCCUACUUUGAUAUCGAUCAGAAGUAUGCUGCGACCCUUUUUGAGGGAUUUGAUCAUCACGGGAGUCAAUCGACUAGUUUUGACCGUACUCUUCUUCGUUUGUCCAUUUUUGCUGGGUCAAAUUCUUCGCCAGAAUCGAUCAACCGAGUUGGAAACGCACUCUCAAGUUAUCAGCAUCUUCAUCGUUUCACUGCUGAUCGCGGCCUUGAACGGCCAGUACUUGUACGAUACCCAGAAGAUUGGCCUCAAGAUCAAGUCAGUCCUGAUGACGAUGGUGUACGAGAAGUCACUCAAGCUGACAAGCUCAAACCACGCGGACGUAACGCUGCUGACCCUGGAUUCGUCCCGCUUUAUCGAUCUACUGCCAAACGUUCACAUGAUCUGGUCCGGACCGUUGAUCAUAGUGGCAUCGAUUGUGGGUUUGGUGAUCGUUUUGGACUGGUGGUCUGCCCUAGUCGGUGUCCUGGUGAUGGUUGUGACCAUUUUCGCUACCAAGCUCAUCACUGACAAACUACGCUUGCUUCAAAAGGACUUCAUGGAUCGGAAAGAUCCCCGGAUAUCAACGACCAACGAAGCGCUCGGUAUGAUAAAGCAGAUCAAGCUGUAUUGUUGGGAAACGUUCUUUCAAGAUCGUAUUCAAGCGUAUCGCCAGCGAGAACUCCAAUCCCUCCGGAAGAUCAUCAUCUGGGACAUUCCAAAAUACCUCCUCGGAGUAAUCUCUCCCUUUGUGGUCUCACUGGCAUCCUUCGGGAUGAUGAUCCUCAUCGGAGACGCCUCGCUGUUGACCCUCGAGUCAGUAUUCGUGUCAAUCGCGCUGUUCAACAUCCUCAAGUACCCACUGUCCGUACUUCCGAGUUUAUCUUCGACGUGGACAGCCGUGCAAGCGUCAGUCGAUCGCAUCAACACAUUCCUAGGCGCAGCAGAAAUACCGACUCUACCAAGACCAAAGUCGUCAUCCGGUGGGACGCGAUCUCGUCAGCUAUCGGACUCACUCGAUGAAGUCCUUGGAGAAUGUCGCAAGACGCUGCACCGUCCAGUAGUUUCGAUCAAGCGAGCAAACUUCACGAUCACCGGUAAACCUAUCCUGCACUCGAUUGACCUUCAGAUAUACGAGGGAUCCUUCCUAGCAAUCACCGGGCCCGUAGGAUCCGGCAAAUCCUCCCUGCUGGCGGCGAUCCUGGGCGAGUUUGAUCAUAGUGGGGAGAUGGCCAGCGCCGUUGGACACAGCUCGUACGUGUCACAGGAACCUUGGAUCCUGCAUCAAUCUAUACGGCAGAACAUCCUGUUUGGACUAGAGUGGGAUCAACUGCAGUACAAAGAGGUGAUCGAGGCGUGUGAGUUGCUGCCGGACUUGAGCUCGUUCCCGGAGGGUGAUGCCACCGUUGUUGGUGAGAAGGGUGUGACGGUUUCUGGGGGUCAGAAGCAGAGGAUCGUGUUGGCACGGGCCGUAUAUCAGAGUGCGGAGAUGUAUCUUUUUGACGACCCUCUGAGUUCGGUGGAUGGUGAAGUGAGUGGGGAGAUUUACCGAAAAGUAUUCGGAAGGGGUGGGCUGUUGUUUGGAAAGACGGUGGUCCUCGUUACGCAGGACGUGGAGUUGAUGAAGGACGCUGAUACGAUCGUGCUGAUGGAGGGUGGUCGAAUCUUGGAGAAGCAUUCGUACGGGUCUUACCGGGAGAAGUAUUGUACGGAAGAUUCUUUGUAUGGAAAGAGCGAGGAAGAGCCUAAAAGUGAUAAUCAAAAGUUUGACGAACAGCUUUUUGUGAAGAGAAGAUCGGAAACGAUCAAGGAGGGUCGAAUAGCCAGGAAAAUCUAUUUCAAGUACUUAGAGAAGCUCGGAUGGAUUUCAGUAAUGCUGAUCGUGUUGAUCAACAUUUUGAUUCCACUGUGUGACAUCUACUCGACGAUUUGGUUGGCGGAAUGGUCAACUACCAACCAUAACUCGGCCUUGAAGGAUCAUUACUACCUGGGGAUCUACAGUCUGUUUGUGCUGGGAUUGGCAUUCUUCCUAACACUCAACAGCGCCGUAACAACGGUUCGCGGUGCUGCCGUAUCAAAACAGAUGCACAACAAACUCCUACAGAGCACACUCCACAAAGCGAUGAACUACUUUGACUCGACCAACUCCGGCCAAAUAAUGAACCGCUUCUCAACCGAUCUCGAUGUAGUCGACUCGAAAAUCGCGCUCAAUUUUCGCGAUCUCCUAACCAAUCUUUCGAGUGUCAUCUCAAUCUUGUUCCUGUUCUGCUUUAAUACAAGCUACUACAUUAUCAUUGUGCUCGUCGUGAUCAUGGUCUUCUACUACUGGCUGCUCAGCUAUCACCUGGAAACGUCGCGUCAACUUAAGCGUUUUGCCGCCUCCAGCAACGCUCCGAUCAUCCUGCACUUUAACGAAUCUCGCGAGGGUCGUACGACGAUUCGCGCCUACAGGCAGGAGUAUCGCUUUCGUGAGCAGUUCAUGAUGUUCGUCGAUCUACACCAGCAUUAUUCGUACCUAUACCAGGCUUCCAGUAGGUGGUUGGGUAUCCGGCUUGAGGUAAUUGGCGCGGUCACUAUAUACUUUGUGACCAUGUUUGCGAUCCAUAACGAGGCUACGAUUGGGGCCUCUAAUGUUGGGGUCAACAUCAGCUACGGAUUGCGGUUGAUUCCGUUGCUGAAUGCAUUGGUGCGAUCGACGGCACUUCUGGAGGAGAACGCUACCUCGUUGGAGCGUAUUGAUCAGUCGUUGAACGAUCACAGUGAAUUGGAGGUCUGUGAAGUUGGUAGCGAUCAGAAGGGUUGGCCUAGCGAAGGAAAGAUCGAGUUUGUCAACUUUAGCAUGGACUACGGAUCGCGAACUCAUGCCUUGUUGGACAUUAAUAUGGAGAUCGGUGCCCGGGAAAAGCUUGGUAUCGUUGGUCGAACCGGAGCAGGGAAAUCCAGUCUCAUCAGCUCACUAUUCCGACUCUACCCAUCUCAAACUAAAGGCACAAUCCAAAUCGACGGAGUCAACAUUGAUCGCGUUCCGCUUAAGCAGCUGAGACAAAGUCUGACGAUCAUUCCGCAAAAUCCAACGCUGUUCUUGGGAACUCUUCGGCAAAACCUCGAUCCCACCAAUGUCCACGCAAACGACGUCGAUCUUUGGAGAGUGCUCGAUCACUGCAAGCUAAAAGAGCUUGUCGCAGAUUUCCCCGAGCAACUCAACACGAUGGUUGAUGAUCGUCGAUCGAACCUUUCCGUGGGUCAAAAGCAGCUUCUUUGCUUGGCCAGAGGAAUCCUACGUGAUACCAGGAUCGUAAUUCUGGACGAGGCCACGUCGGCGAUGGACGGGGAAACUGAGCGGACCAUACAGCAGGUGUUCAGGGAGACAUUUAAAGAGUGUACGGUGUUGAUGAUCGCACAUCGUAAGAGUACGAUCAGGGAGGUUGAUCGGGUGCUGUACAUGAGGCAAGGGAAGAUCGUGAAACUGGAUCGACCUAGUGAGUUUGGGGAAGGAGAUUUGAUGGAGCUGUGAGAGGGGUACUUAAUUGAGCUAAGAUUUAUGUCAAUUGUAUUUUAUAUCAAAUAUAGAGGACGCUUAUUAACGUAAUAAAUCGUAAUGUCAUGUAUAUUUUUUUAGUUUUUUUUUGACAAUGGUUUUGAUUACACUCAAACCCCGGUGGUUUAACACUGAUUGCUGUCAAACCAUUAGGGUCCUUUUCCAGUUUGACACCCUUUUCACACAGCGCUCACACACAUACUUCCAACCGUUUGUUUUGAUAGUGUGCGUGAGCACCUUGUAAAAAGUGACAGUUUGUCACUUGUUAGUUUGACUUUGUCAACCCUACGGGAUACAAACUUAAAAGUGUCAAACUGUCAAACUGCCUGUCAAAUUUGUUUUAGCAAACUUGCUAAUAAGGCAAAAUGUAAGCAGCUAAAUAUGUUAUCAAACAAACCUGACAGACAGGUAAAAAUGAAGAGAAAAGAAAAUCCUGGAUUUUGAGUAAAACAACCGCUUAUCCAUCCUUACUUUUGGUUUAUUUUUUCAUAUAAACAGCAUCUUUUCUUCUCUUUAUUUCACUAUUUCCUCUUGGUUCUCUACUACAUAUUAAAUAAUCUGUGUGUGUAACCAAUGACUGGAAUUUAUACGCCGAUAACUAGUAAAUAUAGUGGUUUAGCUUACUCGUUCCUUGCUUCAAUUUUUGCUAGUUUAUUCUAUCCUUUUCAGCAUUUGCUUUCUCUUCUUUCCCUCCUUUUUUAAAUAUGAUUAUAAUUGAAUAUUUAUCUACCGUGUUAGCUGUGUGUGUGAUUUUUUUCUUUUGUUAUUUACUGUAUCACCCUAAGUAGUAUUCAAUGUUUGCCUCAUUUCGCAUAACUAGCCACCAAUUGAUUUCUUAAUGAGAUUUUAUCGUUUUAAAUCCCAGAUUUUGUGAUUAUCCACAAAUACUAAAAAAUAAAUAAAUGGAGUCACAAAUGAAACUUGGACUUGCUCAAUUCACCAGAUUCGUUCCUUGUAUCGCUUUUCAAUGUUGUUGUGUGUUUUGUUUACGAAACGGUUUUUUUUUUUCUGAAAUCUACGUUUGUUCAACAGUUCGUUAAUAUUUUCAUUUGUUGUUAUUUUUAAACAGUAAGUUUAUCGUCACCGUGUACAGGCUGCACUGCACCGCCUACUUUGACUUUUAGUUCUAGUUGUGGUAUUUCUUGUUAUUUGUUUGCUCUGCUUUUUCUUACUUUAAUAACAUUUAACUUUUCGAUUAAUAAGGCCUCCUUUGUUUUUUGCUUCUACUUCGACUUCUCGCUCGUUCAUGCUCGAUCAUGCUUGUAUUGGAAAAAUUCCUUGUUUGCUUAUGGUUGUUUUGGGGGUGAUUUUUUCGCUGUGAGUGAGUGUGUGAGAGGGUGAGUGUUGUUUGCUAAAAUAUACUGGUGUUUGUUAGAAUAUAUCAAUAUGAGUUAGUGUGAAGGUUUUCUUUUGAUUUUUCUUUUCUUUUCAUUUGCUCAUCUUUUCAAGAAAACAGUUCAACAGUAAAAUUUCUAAUGUUUCGCGUUUCUUUCGGUUUGAAACACCCUGUGGUUGAUAAAAUCUAACAUUUUCUUUUCGUUUUUUUCAUGGUUAUUAUUGUUUGAUAUUGUAGUAUGGUAUGAUUCUAGACGCUACUUUUUUUGAACGCCUAACUGUUUGCUGAUUUCAGGAGACGUGUGGUCCCGAACUUUGCUUUUUGUCGCGUAAGAUUUUUUUUAAAUAUUUGCACAAGUAUAGCGCAAUUCAUGAAACAAUCUGCUUUGGGCAUGAUAUUUACUGAUUUUAACAAAACUAAGAGAGAUUGUUGAAAAAGGAAACUUUUCAAUAAAAAAGUCGAGUUUAAUUAUUAUUUUAAAAUUCUCAA